AUGGCGCCCGCGCCGAGCAUGCGCGAAAGGGCUGCCGCCGCUCCUCAGGAGGGGCCGCGGGAGCGCGGCCGGGGCGGCGGUGGGGCCGAGGGGGCCGUGGCUGGACGCUGCCUGUGGGGCGGCUGCGGCGAGUGGGCUCUGGGCCGCCUCCUCCCCGCCGACCCCGAAAGAAGGGUGCGCUGCCCACCUGUGGAGGCGCAGGGGUUCGCCCCGCCGGCCACCCACCCGCCUGUCCCGGGAGACACCUGCCCGAGCCGCUCGCCGUGUCACGGGCCGGGCGGACCCGUGGCGAGAGCGUGAGGAGGAACCCCCUCAGGCAGAGCCCCGCCGCGGGCGGGCCUCAGGGCACAGCUGAGGCCGUUGUGUCGUCAUGGCUCCCGCCCGGCCCUGCACCGCCAGCGGGGUGAGCCCUGAGGCACCGGGCCGGCGAACGGGUGAAGGAGCAUUCUUGGGAGGGCUGGGCCGGGUCCACGUCUCUCUCCCCGGGAGAAACGUCUGAGGUGUCGCUGAGGAAACAGCUGGCUCAAGGAGCAGCUGGUGUCCAUGUCCGGUUGCGUGGCCAGGUGUAAGAGUGCCCUCUCCUGGGUGGAAUAGAGCAGUUUGCCUUGCUCGGCUGAGACGGAUCCCUCUG